ACCAGAGCAGGGGGAAUGAGAGGGGGAAACGUAGCAGAAGACAUUCCUUUUUAAACCAAAACGUAGAAGUGUAAAUGUAGCGCUAGCUUCUGUUCUGAGGAUUUUCAAAUCCUGCGCGAGGCGAUGAGUCAAACUCAAAGAAGAAUAUGAUUCUCGUAGCGUCUCUGGAUGUUUCCACAUGUUUCUGAAUGUUUAUUUGAGCCAAGAAGUCAAAAUGAAACCAGAAUUAUUUAUUUUGCUGAUCCAAAGGUAAACGUAGCUUCAACGUUAAUAUGAAGUAGGAAAGAUGCUCUCUGAAGUGAGAACCACACGGUUGGUUCCCUCUUCUUAACAUUUUUAUUUUUUAAGCAGAAGUUCUUCUGGACUCUGAAGAUGUGAACUGAACUGUGUUGUAGUUCUGGGUAUCAGGGUAGCAUCCUGUUGGAUCACGUCGACGUUUGGGCUGGUUGCACUGUUGAAGCCAUAAUUUCACUUGUUGAAUCUUUUUAGUUGAAGUGAACAAACUGCAGAGCUCAUCGCUCUGCUGCUCUCUGCCGCCCCUAACGCUAACGUUACCGAGUAACUGUAACGCUAAAGUUACCGAGUAACUGUAACGCUAAAGUUACUGAGUAACUGUAACGCUAACAUUACUGAGUAACGUUAACGCUAACGUUACCGAGUAACUGUAACGCUAACGUUACCCAGUAACAGUAACGCUAACGUUACUCUGUAACUGUAACGCUAACGUUACCCAGUAACUAUGUCCAUGUUCAUGUCCCCCUACAGGUUCCUGUCGCCCCUACAGGUUUCUGUCGCCCCCACUAUAGGUUUGUGUUGCCCCCUACAGGUUCCCGUCGCCCCCUACAGGUUCCCGUCGCCCCUACAGGUUUCUGUCACCCCCUACAGGUUUCUGUCGCCCCCUACAGGUUUCUGUCACCCCUACAGGUUCCCAACGCCCCCUACAGGUUCCUGUCGCCCCCUACAGGUUCCUGUCGCCCCUUACAGGUUCCCGUCGCCCCCUACAGGUUUAUGUCGCCCCCUACAGGUUUAUGUCGCCCCCUACAGGUUCCCAUCGCCCCCUACAGGUUUCUGUCGCCCCUACAGGUUCCCAUCGCCCCCUACAGGUUUCUGUCACCCCUACAGGUUCCCAACGCCCCCUACAGGUUCCCGUCGCCCCCUACAGGUUUAUGUCGCCCCCUACAGGUUCCCAUCGCCCCCUACAGGUUUCUGUCGCCCCUACAGGUUCCCAUCGCCCCCUACAGGUUUCUGUCGCCCCUACAGGUUCCCGUCGCCCCAUACAGGUUUAUGUCGCCCCCUACAGGUUUAUGUCGCCCCCUACAGGUUCCCAUCGCCCCCUACAGGUUUCUGUCGCCCCUACAGGUUCCCAUCGCCCCCUACAGGUUUCUGUCGCCCCUACAGGUUCCUGUCACCCCCUACAGGUUUCUGUCACCCCCUACAGGUUUUUGUCGCCCCCUACAGGUUCCCGUCGCCCCCUACAGGUUUCUGUCGCCCCUACAUGUUGCGCAGUAGAGCGAUGCGAGCUGCAGCUUGUCGUCAGUAUUUUUCGGUACAGAGUUUCUAACAGUGAAGAAGCCACAGAAGGAAUACGAUGCCAUACUCAGUGUUACCAAUGAUGCUGUUGUUGUUUUAAUUUGUUAGUUUUUUCUUGUUGUUUUUGACAGUAUUACUUUGUUUUGCACAACAAUAAUAAGCACUUAUGUUUUUUAUUGAGGAUGACAAUGUUUCUAUGCAGAUGAUGUAACCAAAGUGUUGAAGCACAGUUCCUGUUGGAGCAGACCACAGCAGCAGUCUUAUUUACCUGACCAAGUAUUAAACACGUUAUUAUUAUUAUUGA